AUGAUAUUGAUCCGUGAGUUGCAGCAGCAGGAUUUAGAGAUGGAUAGAUUUCUCAAACUGCAGGGUGAGCAAUUGCGACAAACGGUUUUAGAGAAAGUUCAAGCUACACAACUACAAUGCGUUUCAAUCAUCGAAGACAAGGUCAUUCAGAAGCUUCGUGAGAAAGACACCGAAGUAGAAAACAUCAACAAACGAAACAUGGAGCUUGAAGACCAAAUGGAGCAGUUGAGUGCAGAAGCAGGUGUUUGGCAACAGCGAGCCAAAUACAACGAAAACAUGAUUGCUGCUCUCAAGUUCAACCUUCAACAAGCAUAUCUCCAAACUAGAGACAGUAAAGAAGGAUGUGGCGACAGCGAAGUCGACGAUACAGCUUCUUGCUGUAACGGACGUUCACUUGAUUUCCAUCUCCUCUCGAACGAAAACUCCAAUAUGAAAGAAGCGAUGAAAUGUAAGGCUUGCAGAGUCAACGAAGUGACCAUGGUUUUAUUACCGUGUAAGCAUCUUUGCCUCUGUAAAGAUUGUGAAAGUAAGCUUAGUUUUUGUCCUCUAUGUCAAUCCUCCAAAUUCAUAGGCAUGGAGGUUUACAUGUAA